AUGGCACUAAUAGGCAAAAGAAGAAGGUGGCUUUCACUAGCUCAUGCCCCUAUUCGACGAAAAGCCUGCGUCACAGUGACUUUGGCUCUAGCGGUUGCUCUUGGAUGGCUUCUGCGAUAUGGUUCCACUUCAUCAUUAUCACCCUCCGAAAUGUCUAUUGUCAUUGUGACAAAGCCGUCGUCUUCUGAUGCCAACACCAACAAGUCAAUAUCUUCAUCCCAUCAAUCUGGGGCCAUUGUCCUCUUGGCACCGCAGCGAAAUCAGGGAUCGCUUUGGGCCACGGAUCGCUUUUGCCUCUUGCUUCCUCGAGAUUAUGAGUUGGAUCCUCUCGGUAAAGAUGCUGCUUACACUCCCGAAGAUAGGACGUUACUGCAAAAAUGGGCUCCGCAGUCUGGAUUGAUCUUUGUCGAAAUUGACAUGUACUCGAAGGAUGCCUUGGAGCCUAACACGACUGUUGAUCAAAUUGUAAACUGGCGGGCUGGCAAUGAUGGGGGUGUAAAAGGUCGAGAUUUAGGAUAUCAAAGCAUGUGUCGAUUGUGGUCCGGUCGAUUGCAGCACAUGUCCUUUUUAGACGACUUUGACUAUUACCUUCGAAUGGAUGACGAUAGCCUGUUCCUUUCCAACUUUCAAUGGGAUCCUUUUGUGCGAAUGAAAGCCGAGGGAUUGACCUAUGCGUAUCGACGGACAGCCUACGAUUCAUGGGGGAUUGAUGAAUUGUGGAGUGUAUCACGUCCUCACCUCGACCUAGAACGUCACCAUUUACCCUUUGCGUUUCGUCGUGCUGGUGACAAAUCUUACUCUUACUUUGGAGAGCAGCCAUACAACAACUUCCACAUUUCCGAUCUAAAGUUUUGGAGAUCCCCUCAAUGGAGUGGCAUGAUGAGAGAAAUGGAUGAGCAUCAUCUAUUUUUCAAGUAUAGAGUAGGUGAUGCCAAUGUGCAUGCCAUUUCGAUCAUGAUGAUGGAAGAAAGCAGUGUCGCGGUAUGGCCUGAAACACCGUAUGCCCACAAUAGCAACGACUAUCACAACGAUUGGGGACAACAGAACUGGCAAGAUGAAUGUGAUGCUGCCAUUCGAGAUGACAAACAACAAGACUAA